UGCGCUCAGAGGACUGGCGAAACGGAAUGAAUUAUUAUGGAUAUAUACGCUUGUGGAUUUAAUGGAUUUCAACAAAUAUCUCUACUUCAUGAACGGGAUGUUCAAAACGAAUCCACACAGAUCAAUGUGCAGCCAUAUUUUGACAGCCCAGUCAAACUACAUGUGACAACAGAUUGUCUCUCGAGUUGUUUGAUCACGUGGUCAAAACUACGUUUUCGAUGUAACUCAGAGUCUACUCCCACGGAAGAUUCAUGUUGUCCCGUGGCGGCAAGCUGGAACAGGACGGUUUACAGGACAGCAGCAGGACAAUAUCUCGUCGGGGGCGGGACUGACGUGCCCAACCCAAUGCGUGUAGACGUGGAUUCUCGGGUAGACGAUGUUGUAGGAGGGGAGGACAGGUUAUACUGUAUACACGAUGGCGGAAGACUUUCAGAGAUCGUGGAUGGUGGCACUGGCAGUGCAGAUGAUAACCCACGUGAAGCCUCGGAUGGAAAGGUUGCGUUUUUGAGACAAGUUUUCACACUCUCUCCAGUUACCAGCCUGUCUUGUGGCAAAGAACAUGUUGUCUUCCUCACGAAACACGGCCAUGUUUACAGUUUUGGACUUGGGAGCCGUGGUCAGCUGGGUCACGACUCUGUGGAAGAGGAGACGGAACCGAGGAUGGUGGACUCUCUCGACGGCCUCCGUGUUGUUGGCGUGGCAGCCGGGGGAUGGCAUUCGGCCGCCAUCACAGCAAGUGGUGAUCUGUUUACAUGGGGAUGGAAUGAAAGUGGGCAACUUGGCCACUCGACUGGACAGGUGCUCGGCGCAGAUGCCACUACAUUACACGAUGUUAGCAUAGGAAGGACGGCUGGAGACACACCAAAUCAUGCGCAAAUCUGCCCAAACAAAACUUCUGAUCCUGAGUCGGUACAAGUGAAAGAUGCAGACCAAAACAUUCGUCAGCUAUCACAGACUGUUAUAGUCAAACAAAGCCACGACUUUUCCCUUAAUUUUGAAGACAAGUGUUCCAAUCCAACACAACGUCUUCCAGUCUGUUCGGAUCCCCUCAAUAAAGAAAUAUCAAGUCUUGGAGCCAGUAAGCAAUUAGCAGAACCCCAGAACUCCAUCGUCAUGGACGAAGUGGAACUCAAUUCUGGAUGUGGAGAUGGUGCAACAGUUGGACAAGGGACGAAUGCAGAUGAGGAUCAGGGAAAGCUUGUAGAACAGGAUCCAGGGAAGGUUGUAGAUGAGGAUCAGGGGAAGCUUGUAGAAGAUGAUCCGGGGAAGGUUGUAGAAGAGGAUCCGGGGAAGAUUGUAGAGACAGAUAAGGGGAAGUUUGUUGAUGAACUACAGGAGAAGUUUGUCGAUCAGGCCAGACUGUCGCUGAUAAGUUCCCCGCUGUUGGUGACGUCACUGCCAGACGACUACACGGCCGUCAAGGUGUCGUGUGGAUCUCGCCACACUGCCGUUGUCACAGAUGACGGUGUUUUGUAUACAUCAGGAUGGAACAAGUACGGUCAGUUAGGCCAUGGUCACACAAGGUCAUCUGAUGUCUUUAAACUUGUGUCCUUGACAUCAGUCAAGGUUAUUGACGUGAAGUGUGGAUGCUGGAACACUGUGAUCCUUUCAGAAAAUGAGACUUCAUCCGUUGCAUGAUAAACACAACACACUCCUGGCCGUUUUGCGGUUAUCGUUACUGCAAGAAGGGAAUCAAGACAACAGACUGUGUUCUUUGACACAUGGAAUGCUUGGAAAUAUAAAAUUUAUAUUUUCCUA